CAGUCAUCUGCGUCUCUCAUGGUGAGUCCAGACAGAGUUCAACACUUCACCUCUGACUCUGUGUCACUGAACUGUGAAGGAAACUCUACUGAGUGGAGAGUGAAGUUAACUGAAUCUGGCAACAUAUUAUUCUGCCAAAACUGGGGGACAAUGACUGGAUCCACAUGCAGCAUAGAGCGUUACCGGUCCAGUAAUGCAGUGUACUGGUGUGAGUCUGGAUCAGGAGAGUUCAGCAACGCAGUCAACAUCACUAUAUCAAGUAACCAUAUUAUCCUGGUGAGCCCUGUCCAUCCUGUGACCGAAGGAGAUUCUGUUAGUCUUAUCUGCAGAAUAAAAAGAAAAACAUUUGCUUCCAAGGUGUUUUUCUAUCAAAAUGGCAAACUCAUUCAAAAUGAUACCAGAAGGGAGCUAAAUAUCUCUGCAGUGUCAAAGUCAGAUGAAGGCUUUUACAAGUGUGAAUACUCACAAAAAGUGUCAGCACAGAGUUGGAUGUCAGUUAAGGGAGUCUCCAGGCCUGAAAGCUCUUCAUCUCCUGUACUGAUGAUUAUUGGGCUGGUUUUUGGAAUUGUACUUGUUAUUCUUCUGCUCCUUUUGUAUCGCUACAGACGGUCCAAAGAUUCAUGCUUUAUCAGGCCAGUCCAGUCUGAGAGCACCAAUCGAGGCUCUGCUACAGGUCACAUGGUCAACCAGAAUGAGGCUCAACAGAAUGACGAUCCCUCUCCUCUCCGUGGUGACUCUCAUCUCUAUGAACCAGUUAAAGGCUCUGAAGCUCGUCUCUAUGAAUCAAUUAAAGGCUCUGAAGCUCGUCUCUAUGAAUCAAUUCAAGGCUCUGAAGCUCGUCUCUAUGAAUCAAUUCAAGGCUCUGAAGCUCGUCUCUAUGAAUCAAUUAAACGCUCUGAAGACGCUGAUAAUGAUACAGCUGAAUCCCAGGAUGACACCUAUUCAUUGAUUGAACUUAAAAACUUUGGAAGGAAGGGGAAACGCCAUGAACCAGAGGAGAGUUGUCUUUACUCUGAUGUGAAUAUAGGAACUGCAGGAAAAUCAACUGCAUCAGCAACUGAUGAAACUUCUCCCUGAAGUUAAACCAGGAACAGCUCUUGACUUUGCAUAUAGAGACAGAGUCACCUGGUGAAAUGGCACUGGCCAAGUUACAGUGAACAUCCUGAUAUCCUGUUGAAAACUGAUGCGUCACAGAGAUUGUCCAGUUUAUUUCCAACAUCUGUACAAUGGCUAGCAGGAUGCUAGUUCAGCUGGUGCUCAUUCUUCUCCCUCUUUUCCUCAAUGUUUACUGAUGUUUACAUUUGAGAUCCUUGAUCUGGCUAGCUAGCAGCUAGCUAGCUAGCUAGCGGAGGAGAGUUCACAGACUGGUGAGUCGAUGCUCAUCAUCCUGAUGAGAGACUCGAAGCCACACGCCAUCAUCGUCCAAAGCCCACCACAAAAAGCACCACCAACAUGCUGACAGAGAGGCAGCAAAAAGAGAAGCAGAAAGAGCUGCUCAAGUAUAUUUAAGCUUAUGAUAGUGCAGCUUCAAAGUCAGCAUCUUUUAUAGAGUUAGAUAAGAUAGAUCCAGGAUGGACAUUACAAACUACUUUAAUAUGCAGUAUGUAAUAAUCUGCUAUCAGACAACAUAUCCUAUUACAUGUACAUGUUUUCCUCUGUCUUAAAAAUAUAUUUAUAACUACUGUGCAUAUUUUAUUUUCACCUGAUUGAAUUUGAUAUUUUUUGUUUUUAAUUAUUUUUGUAUUCUAUGCUUCAGUAAAGUUUA